AACAAAUCCCUUGCACGCUAUCCAACUAGGGCUUUUUUUUUUUUGUCACCAUUGUAUUUGUCCAUAAUGCAAUUUCUCACAUUUAUUUUCUACUUUACGGUGACUCUCUUCCUUUUCCAAAAUGUGUCCAAUGCAGAAGGCACAAAUGCCACGAGUAUCCUAGUUGAUCAGUCAGGCAAGGGACAUUUCAAAACAGUGCAAGAAGCCAUCGAUUCAAUCCCGUCAAAUAACAACAAAUGGACAAUUAUCCAUCUCAAUCCUGGUACUUACAAAGAAAAAGUUAAAAUCCCCAAAGAAAAACCAUACAUUAUCCUUAGGGGAAAGAGUAGAGAUACGACUGUGAUCGAAUAUGGUGAUUAUGGGAAUUCCAUGGAAAGUUCUACCUUCAAGUUGUUUGCUGAAAAUUUCAUGGCUCGUGGUAUCACAUUCACGAAUACAUAUGACCUCGGGAAAGAUGAGGCGAAAAAAGUUACAUGGGCACCGGCAGCCUUUAUUCAAGCAGACAAAGCAUCAUUUUUUGGGUGUGGUUUUGUUGGCAUACAAGAUACACUCGCUGACUUAACAGGUAGCCACUAUUUUAAGAAUUGCUACAUUGAAGGUUCAGUGGACUUCAUCUGGGGUUAUGGUCAAUCACUUUAUGAGAAUUGUGAAUUACAUGUAAAGACAAAAAGUAUAGGCUUGGGGAAAGCUUAUAUCACAGCUCAAGGCCGAGAACAAGAACAAGAUACCAAUGGUUUUGUGUUUAAGAAUUGUAGAGUAACAGGAACUGGUCCUGCAUAUUUAGGGAGAGCAUAUAAAAGCCACUCGAGAGUUGUGUUUUACCAGUCAACUUUCGACAACAUUAUUGCCCCAGAAGGUUGGGAUGCAUGGCAUAAUAAGGGAAAAGAGGGAGAAAUCACAUUUGCAGAGGCGGACUGCCAAGGACCAGGGGCAAGCAUGUCGAAACGUGUGAAAUGGGUGAAAACGUUAUCCUCAGAAGAAUUGGAACAGCUUGUCACUCCAAAAUUAUUCAUAGACCAAGGAAAUUGGUUGGGAGGACAACUUGGUUUUGUAUAAUCGCACACUCUCCAUGUUUAUAAUUAUUUUUAAAUUUUUUUA